AUGAAAGACCCUAGGACUUUUACAUUGCCUUGCACUAUAGGAGGGAAGAUGGUCAGGAACGCAUUGUGCGAUUUAGGGGCAAGCAUAAAUCUGAUGCCCUUGUUAAUUUUUAGGAAGCUGGAUAUCAGUGAAGCAAAACCAACCACGAUCACAUUACAGGUUGUCGAUAGAUCGAUAAAGCUUCCUGAGGGAAAGAUAAAAGAUGUUCUCGUGCAAGUGGACAAGUUUAUCUUCUCAGCACACUUUGUCAUAUUAGAUUAUGAAGCCGAUAGAGAAAUCCCUAUCAUCUUGGGUCGACUAUUUCUUGCCACAGGGCGAGCGCUGAUCGAUAUGCAGAAAGGAGAACUGACCAUCAGGGUCGACAAUCAGAAGGUAAAAUUUAACGUACUCAAUGUGUUGAAGUACCCAGGUGAUAUAGAAAACUGCCAAUAUAUCGAGGAACUGGGGGAAGGACAUUGGCACGAACCUCUGAAGGAGUUGGAGGAGAAAAAUUGUAAAAUCGGAGCAAUAGUGAAGGAGGACUGCACCGCAAUUUAUAUGGAAGCAAAUUUUGAACCACUCAAGUUGUCUAGACGAACUUCAUAG